AUGUCCUCAUCGUCGACCUCCAUCAUCAACCCAAGCCUUAGUGAGGAGCAAUGGGUGAAGCACAUCCGAGACGCCCUCAAUCACGGGAUCAAUAUUGAGACCCCGGUUUCCGUCCACCGCGUGCCUGAAUGUAUCAGCUCCGCAAAGCCGGAGGCCUACGUCCCGCACCAUGUUGCGCUGGGACCAUACCACCACCUCCGGCCACACCUCUACCAGACGGAGCACCCCAAGCUGGCCGCAGCCCGGCGGGCACAGGCAGCGCUGAAGCUCCCGGCAUUCGAUCGGACGGCUGGUUUGCUCCAAGCGGAGGAGGCGAAGAUUCGCGCAAGCUACCAGCCGCACCUGGAAGUCGGCAUGGACACUCUGAAAUGGAUCAUGACCAUCGACAGCUUGUUCUUGCUCGACCUACUGUACAGAUACAAGUCACCCGCCAUCGGAAUCAAGGAAGACUCAAUUUGGGAUGAUGACCCAGACUCCACCGUCAAAGACGUGAUGAUGGUGGAGAAUCAAAUUCCGACCUUUGUGCUGAGGAAAAUAAUGUUGCAGACCGAGAAUUCGAUGAACGAAGUGAGAGAAAAUGAAGAAGAUGAGUCUCUAGAUAGGAAGCUUGGGGAGAUGUUGACGAUGUUCUGCAGAGGGAUAUCACCUCUCCGGCUGGAAAUGUGCUUUCCGUCUGAAGCCAUUCAGCGUAAGCAUUUGCUCGAUCUCCUUUACAAUCUCAUCUUGGGAACAACAGGCCCAGAAGCAGCACAGACGAAGAAGAAUGAGCUUAGAAGUGCAAGCUUUUUCCGUCUGAUAGACAUGGCAUCGACACAAACAUCAAAAGUCACUAAGGCAUGGAACAAGUUAUCGAAAUGCUCUUUCAUGAAGAAGCUGAAAGUGCUGAUCAAGCUCUUCUUCAACAUGGUAUCGACACCAGCAUCAAUAGUCACUGCAGAAUGGAACGAGUUAUCAAAAUGCUCUUUCAUGAAGAAGCUGAAAGUGUCGAUCAAGCUCUUCUUCAACAUGGUAUCGAUACCAGCAUCAACAGUCACUACAGCAUGGAAGGAGUUAUCGAAAUUCUCUUUCAUGAAGGAUAUGAAAGUGGAGCUCAUCUUCAAGAUAAUUCAAUUGGCAAUGCAAUUGAUUCCCAGAUGCUCCGAGUACCUUUCAAAUGACCCUUUUCAAGAAAUCGUUAUGAUCCCCACAGCGUCAAAGCUCUGCAGCGUCGGGAUCAAACUAAGCUUGGCCACAGGAGGUAUCAAAACCAUUGCGUUUGAUAAGAAAACCGCUACCUUGAAGCUCCCUCAUAUCGAUCUGGAUGCUACCACCGAAGUCCUGCUGCGAAACCUCGUGGCCUACGAAAUGAUAUCGCAGAGGGGCUCCUUAAUUCUGACACGAUACACUGAGUUAAUGUACGGCAUUAUCGACACCUCCGAGGAUUUGAAGUUGCUGAGGGAAGCGUCCAUUGUCUUGAACCGCCUGAACAGCGACAACAAGGUCGUGGAGCUCUUCAAUGGAGUGAUCAAAUCCAUAGGUUCCAAAAGCACUGCGUCGGAGCUGGACGAGACGAUUCGAGACGUCAACGAGUACUACAACAGCACUCGAAAGGUCAAGGUUUAUAAUCUCAUGAGGAAGUACGUCUACUCUUCUUGGAAGUUUCUCACUGUGGUCGCCACCGUCGUGCUCAUUUUGCUCAUGGUUCUGCAGACAUUUUGCUCUAGAACCGGUCUCAACGAGCUCGUCUCUAAGAACCAGUCGUCGGAGAAGAAGCUUAGCGCGAGCAGCGUCUUGCCCCUGUUCGACGGCUUCAAGCUCGCAUCGUUGAGCCCGACCCACUUCGCCCAAGCCCUCCACUACGCCUUACGAUCCGUGAGGCACUUCGCGAAAGCCAUGGCUCGCGAGAUGGAGGCGGCGAACUGGAACCUCGACGAGGCCAUCCCAUUCAUCAAGCCGCAAGCGAGGUUCGCGAAGCUCGGCCACCGGCACUUCGCCAUCGAAUCGUUCGAGGCCAGAUCGAUCUUCAAGGGCUUCAACUUCCCGAUGGAGGAAGAGCUCGAUUCUGCGAAGGCGGUGGCGGUGGCGGUUUGA